AUGGAUCUCCAGAGCUUAUUCGAUGUUAAGGGCAAAGUGGUGCUGGUCACUGGUGGAGCCAAAGGCAUUGGUCGCAUGAUCUCCGAAGGAUACGUGAGCAACGGAGCUACCGUUUACAUUUCGUCUCGCGACGCAAAGGCCUGCGAAGAAGCCGUAAAUGAGCUCAAUGCGCUGGGCAAGGGAAAGGCGCACUCUAUCCCGGCGGAUUUCUACAAAGAGGAAGACAUUAAGAAGCUCGCUGAGGAGCUUGCCAAGCGCGAAAACAAGCUCCAUGUCCUGGUGAACAACUCCGGAUCGAACUGGGGCGCCCCGUACGAUGAAUACCCGUCUGCUGCGUGGACUCGGGUCCUUACGCUUAACCUCCACCGAGUCUUCGACCUCACAAAGCUGGUCACGCCCCUGUUGGAGAAGGCUGCGGCGCCUAACGACCCAGCUAGAAUCAUCAACAUUGGCAGUAUCGAUGGCCUGAGAGUUCCUGCGUUGGAAACUUUCGCCUACAGCGCUAGCAAGGCCGGCCUACAUCAUAUGAGCCGGGUGCUUGCGAACCAUCUUGGAAGGAGAAACAUCACGUCCAACACGCUUGCCUGCGGGCCGUUCGAGAGUAAGAUGAUGGCCGCCACCCUGAAGAGCUUCCGGGAGCAGAUCGAGUCGAAUGUUCCUCUUGGCCGCAUUGGUAGCCCCGAAGAUGUUGCAGGGGCUUGCUUGUUCUUGAGCAGCCGCGCAGGGGCAUAUGUGAAUGGCGCGACCAUCUCGGUGGAUGGAGGUAGCCAUAUCGCUGCCAAGCUGUAG